AUGUUAGGAAUUUUUUUUUUAAAUAAUGGGCCUGGUUUUGUAAUGACAAAAACAUCAGGGAAAACCCACCCAAGGGCAAAAGGAAAAGCCCAACCCAAAUAAUAGAAAAUUCAAAUGAACAUUAUCUGGCCCAAAACGGCUUUAGCGAUUUUCAACGUGUUCACACUGGUUCAUUGGAGAACAAUCUGAAAAGGGAAGAAGCAGAUACCUAAAAACCCUAACUUUCCCAAGGAAUCUCGCCAUAGUUUCUCUCGAAUAUGUUCGGUGGUGAGGAAAGCGAGCCCCUGAGGCGGAUAGGCAUGAUAGCGCCAUCGAUGUUGAGCCCACACCCUCCGACCCAGCAACCGCAGUGGGGGCAGGAGGAGACAAGGGAGUUGAUUGCGAUCCGUGGUGAGCUGGAGAGAGACUUCACGGUGUCGAAGCGCAACAAGGCGCUGUGGGAAGUUGUCAGCACCAGAAUGAGGGAGAGAGGCUACAUCAGGACUCCUGAUCAGUGCAAGUGCAAGUGGAAAAACCUCCUUAACCGCUACAAGCAGGGGAAGGAGACAUCUGAUCCUGAUACAGGCAGGCAAUGUCCAUUCUUUGAGGAACUGCAAGCAGUAUUCAAUGAGAGGGCAAAGAACAUGCAGCGAAUGCUGCUUGAAUCUGAAGCAGGUUUGACUCAGGCUAAGAAAAGAAUGAAGAGAGUAAGUGUUGAAAGAUCCUCCGAGGAGUUCUCUGAAUAUGAAGAUGAGGAGGAGGAUGAAAGUGAGGAGGAAAGGCGUAGAAGCAAUUCCCGCAAGAGGAAAGUUGAGAAAAAUGUAUUGGACAAGUCUCCUAGAGCAACAACUAGUACAACUGCUGGCAGAAUUAAUAGUAGUAGUAGUCUUCAGGAAAUGCUCAAGGAAUUUCUUCAGCAACAACAGACAAUGGAGAUACAAUGGAGGGAGAUGAUGGAGAGGCGUGCAAAUGAACGACGGUUGUUCGAACAGGAGUGGAGACAGUCAAUGGAGAAGCUUGAGAGGGAGAGGUUAAUGGUUGAGCAGGCUUGGAGGGAGAGGGAGGAACAAAGGAGGAUAAGAGAGGACAGCCGAGCAGAGAGGAGGGAUGCCUUGUUAACCACUCUCUUGAACAAACUUAUAAACGAUAAUAACCUCUGAGUCAGAAUACCGAUUUCGGGUUUCUUGUGAAGAAUAGCAAUGCUAAUAGAAAUUAUAAAAUAGAAAAAAACUACAAACAAAAAAAGAAUGAAGAAUCAUAUACAGGAAUCAUAUGUCAUUAUGUCAAAUGUCAAGUUGGGGUUUUCUUUGGUAUAUAUGUAGAGAUGCUUUAUUUUUGAAUUUUGAUUGCAUACAGUCUUGGGAGAUAUUCUUUUCUCACGAUGAAGGGAAUUCAUAUUCUUCUGUCGCAAACCAUGGCAUCAAGGAUAUCCUUAUGUUCUCUUGGAGUUAUAUGGAUGAAGUGAGAUUGAAAAAUUUAUUGAAUUUGCUGGGUUGUAUAUUGAUUUAUUUCAACAGAAAAUUGUUAUCUUUAUUGCUGGGAAAACAUUUGUAUUGAAAGUUCACCAUGAAACCAAUUUAUU